GAUCGGCGCCCCAAGGGAGCCACUCUGGACUUGAGGCGCCGGCUUCUCAGGUACCGCGUGCGGGCUUGGAAGGCGCGACAGCCGAGUCCCUGACUUCCCCACCUUUCUCAGCCUCGGCUUCCUAGAAGCGGCCGCGGGCCACCCCGCGGCUCCGGGAUGUCCCCUGCCCCGAGGAGCGGGCUUUGCCCCCGGCAGCUGCCUGCAAGGGAAGACUGGCUUGGCCCGGGUGGGCAGCCGGGUCGCAGACAGGGUUAGACGAAGUCUGCUCUUGGCCUGUGAGGGGGACCCUUGGUUCCACGUGGAGGGGAGGCGGUGGCUGAGUCAGCCACCCCAACCAAGGGCAGUAGGACCCUGAGCUAGCAAGGAAUGUUGAGGGGUUAAGAUCCAGCUCCUAACACGGGGCUUUUCUUCGGGAAGCCAUCCGGAAGCCUCUUUCACCAGGACUGGAGGAACUGAUGUCUGUGCAAGCAAAAGUGAGCGGGCUGCCAAGGCUUAGCCAGUUUUGUCUCAGCAACUUUCUGCCCCGUCCUGUGUCUCCUAGGAAUGAGGAGGCAAGCUUUUGUCCUUUCCAGAAGGCGGCUGUGAUGAGUGCCGUUCCCGCUCCGGUCUUUAGACCGGGCUAUCCAUUCUUUGCCUGUCCCCACAGCUCUUCCUGCAGACUCUUUUUUCCCGAGGACCCUGUUAAGAUUAUCCGGAGCCAAGGGCAGUACCUGUACGACGAGCAAGGGCGAGAGUUCCUGGACUGUAUCAACAACGUAGCUCAUGUUGGUCACUGCCAUCCCACUGUGGUCCAAGCCGCACACGAACAGAACCUGAUGCUCAACACCAACAGCCGAUACCUUCACGACAACAUCGUGGACUAUGCCCAGAGGCUGUCGGAGACCCUGCCGGAGGAGCUCUCUGUGUUUUAUUUCCUGAAUUCUGGGUCAGAAGCCAACGACCUGGCCUUAAGACUGGCUCGCCAGUGCACAGGACACCAGGAUGUGGUGGUAUUAGACCAUGCUUAUCACGGUCACCUGAGCUCCUUGAUCGACAUCAGUCCCUACAAGUUCCGAGCCCUGGAUGGCCAGAAGGAAUGGGUCCAUGUGGCUCCUCUCCCAGACACCUACCGGGGCCCCUACCGGGAGGACCACCCCAAUCCAGCAGAGGCCUAUGCCAGCGAGGUGAAGCAAGUGAUCAGCAUCGCACAGGAGAAGGGCAGGAAGCUCGCUGCCUUCUUCGCUGAGUCUCUGCCCAGUGUGGGUGGGCAGAUCAUUCCCCCUGCUGGCUACUUCUCCCAGGUGGCAGAGCAUAUUCGCAAGGCCGGAGGGCUCUUUGUCGCAGAUGAGAUCCAGGUUGGUUUUGGCCGAGUAGGCAAGCACUUUUGGGCCUUCCAGCUGGAGGGGGAAAACUUCGUCCCUGACAUUGUCACCAUGGGAAAGUGCAUCGGCAAUGGUCACCCUGUUGCCUGUGUGGCCACUACCCAAGCUGUGUCAAGGGCAUUUGAAGCCACUGGUGUAGAAUACUUCAAUACGUUUGGUGGCAACCCAGUGUCCUGUGCUGUGGGGCUGGCAGUCCUGGAUGUCUUGAAAACAGAGCAGCUCCAGGCUCAUGCCGCUAAUGUGGGCAGUUUCCUAAUGGAGCAUCUCAACCAACAGAAAGCCAAGCAUCCUAUCAUUGGGGAUGUCAGGGGCUCUGGGCUCUUCAUCGGUGUGGAUCUGAUCAAAGAUGAGACCCUGAGGACACCAGCAACUGAAGAGGCAGAAUACUUGGUCUCCAGGCUGAAGGAGAACUACAUUUUACUGAGCACUGAUGGCCCUGGGAGGAAUGUCCUCAAGUUCAAACCUCCAAUGUGCUUCAGCCUAGACAACGCACAGCAUGUAGUAGCAAAGAUAGAUGACAUUCUAACGGAUAUGGAAGAAAAAGUAAGAAGUUGUAAAACACUGAAGAUCCAGCCCAACUCAGUCAAGCACCUUUCAGGUAAGCGGGACUUGUGUUUGUCCCCAGAGAUUCCCCAAUACUUCAACUUUCAUCUGCUGGAUAACUGAACAGAAACUAAGGAUCUGGAACAUAAAUGUGAUAAGUGAUAAGA